GGCGAAAUCGACGUUAGUGCUGCUGCCGCUGUUCGGCAUUCACUACAUGCUGCUGAUCGGGAUGGCUAACACGCACCACGCUACCGCCGUCAUCGUCUGGCUCUUCAUUGACCAAUUCUUCAGCUCGUUUCAGGGGUUCUUCGUCGCGCUGCUCUUUUGUUUCCUCAACGGCGAGGUGCAAGCCGAGCUGAAGAAGCGCUGGCAACGUCACCGCUUACGCAGCGGCCACUUUACGGAGAACUGCGGCUCGAAGACGACCUUCUCGAUCAUAAGUCGCUACCGUCCCUCGAUGUCCGUGGAGAAGUCGGAGCCGAGCAUGAUGGGGAAACCGAUGCUGGAUGCGAACGACGUCGUGGAGGAGAGAGAGAAGCACGACCAUAGAAUCUCCGAAAGCAUGAAUGUAUGGUAG